AUGGGAUUGUUUGGGAACAAGAAGAAGAAGGACGACGGGGACUCUUAUACGAAAUCAUUCCCGACGACGACGACGGAAACGACGACGCAAGGAGGAUCAGGAUCGGGAACAAACGGUAGUAAAAUGAAAUUUUACGAGAACGGCGAAGAGGACGAAGAAUUGUUAAAGCAACAAGCGUUGAAGCAUUUGACGAAAGGCUGCGCGAUCGACGAUUCGUUGAAAGAAAGCACAAUAGACGUGGAGAAUGAUUUCGGAGGAGCCUCUUCUGAAGAGAAUCAACUGGAAGCGUCUCCGAUUACGGUGUACGCGACGGAAUAUCAAGAGUCAAACGCUAUAAAGAUAGCCGCGAACGAGACGUUUUGUUGCUACGGGAUUCGGAACGGGUUAGUCAGAGUGUUGAGUCAAGUGAGUCAAUCGCGCUCGCUUCUCAGAGGGCACGAGACGCCAAUCGCGAGCAUGAGUUUUUUACCGUCCACGAACGAGGAAGAGAACAUUUUGGCAACCUUGAGCGAAGAUGGGACGUUGCUUGUGAGAAGACUAAACGAGGACGAGAGUUCGGAAACGAUCAGCGACUCGACGCUGUUGAAGUUGGACGUGUCGAGCGAAGCGGACAACGUGAACGGAACGACCACUUCGAACGACUCUUUAAUCGUGCCGAGCUUUCGCUGGUUUCCUAGAAAAUCAUCCAACGACAGCAAAGCGGAAUUUUUGAUCGCGUAUGGGAACGCAAUCUUCAAAUCUUCCGUAGAUUUAAAUGAAGAUGCCGGCGGCCAAUCGCCGAUUCCGUUUGAAGAGAACGUAGACUUGCACGGCCCGAUCACUUCGAUUGACGUUACAAACCAGCGACGAAUCGUCGCGACGACUGAAAGGGACGUCUCAGGGUGGUAUGGUAUAGUAGUGUUUGAGUUAGAACCGCAAGGUUUAGGAUUCACGAAGACGACUUUGUUAAAAAGGGAGUCAAUGGGAAACUGCGCGGCGCGAUGGAUGAAUGAGAACACGUUGGCCGUAGCCACCACUGUAAACGCGAGUUCGGGCUGUGCUUACAUCGAAUGCUUGCAUUACGACAAAAAAACAGAAACUCUUAAAACGACUCAAUCGAUUAAAAUUGGAUGUUCUUCCGAGUGGUUCUGGAACUCUUUUCAAUUCGCCAGGGUCGGGUAUAAAGAUAAGCAGUGCUUUUUGUUUGCGGAUUCCAAGAGAAACGUCGUAUACGCUCUUUCUGUGAAUGAACACGAGAGUAAAUUUAAUUACAUUUCUCAAUUUAGCGUGUCGCAACCGAUUUUAUCGCUUGUAGCUCUCGAUGUCUCGGAUGAAGACGAUGAUGUACAAAGCGCGCAGUUUGGUCUGUUUUGUAUGCAAACCGGCGCGAUUCAGCAAUUGCGUUUACCGAUGUUAGAUUGCGUGCGAUUGUUACCGAAGGGUAAAAGCCCUUCUUCGACUAUUGCGGACCAAGUACAACAGGAACUCCCUUCCAUUAUCACCGAUGCUCCUCCUCAGCGCGCUGCCUCGCCGGUUGUUUCGGGACUCUUGACCCCGGAUAUGUUUAAGAAAUCUAUGUCGCAAUCGGCAAGCGCAGAGGAACUCGCACCGAGCUCUCCAUCGGUGAGCGAUAAACCUCCGCCUCCAAUUGCGCAGCAACAGGCGAGUAAACCGGCCGCGGCGCCUGUUUCAGCGCCAGUUACUUUUGCUACUACCGCUACUACAAGUGGCGACAGUGGUAGUGAUAAAGAAGUUGCAAAGUUAAUCAGAGAACUAAAGAAUGAACUUAAACAAGAUCGAGAUAAGUUGCGAAAGGAACGCGAGAAAAGAGACAAUGCGGAGCGCGAACGACAAAAGCAAUUAAUCGCGCUGAUGUCGCAAGCAACCACGAAAGAUUUACCAAGCGCGAUAUCCCAAAUAGUUUCGGAGCUUUUGGGUGAAAAUGCCGCCGCAGUGCAAGCUGCUCUUGCGACGAACGCGGCAGCUUCGCAACGCGCCGCCGUCGCCGCCGCAAAGGAAGCGGUGCAAACGACUCUUCAAUCCGAAAUUCGACAAGCUAUGCAACAAGUCAUGAUUCCAGCGUUUGAACGCUCGACGCAAAACAUGUUUAACCAAAUUGCAAACACUUUCGAGCGCUCUAUAGGUGAACUUAACAACGAGUUGAUGCAAAUUAGAGAUCAAUCGGUGCAAGCAAACGCGAUGCCUCUCGUCCAAGAGUUGCAAAGAACUGUGAACGAGAUGAGAAGUUUACCGCAGUCCUUAGAUUCUGCACUCAAAUCUUCCGUUUCCAACGCAUUUAGAGGUAUGCAACAACAAUCUGGUCCAUCGCAAGGAAUGUUUCAGCAGCAAAUGCCGCCACAAGCUGGUGGAGGAGGAGGAGUGCGUUCACUCGCCGACUUGGAGCAACGGAAACCGCCGCCGCAAGCGCCACAGGAUCCUACUUUAGAGAUCAAGAGAUUGUUGAAUACCGGCAAUCUCGACGCUGCAUUUUCAUCGGCGUUAGGUACUUCCAAUCUCGAAAUUGUCUCGUGGUUGUGUUCUCAAGUAGCUCCAGAGCGCGUGUUUGGACAGCAUCCGUGUCCGUUGUCGCCGUUCGUGCUACUUUCGCUGGCGCAACAGCUCUCUUCGGAUUUGACGACGAAAGACGCGGAGAGAAAGCUCGAUUGGAUUCGCGACACGUGCUUGGCUAUCGAUCCUCAAGACCCCGCGUUGAAGUUGCACGUGCGACCGGUAUUGACUGCCGUUUACGAGUCUUUGCGAAAAUUAGGAUCGAGUUCUCAGAACAUUUCGCCCAGCGUAAAAGCCGCCGCGCGUUUGGUCGUGCACGUGGUUAACAGUCUCUUGAGCGCGUGUCCUUAA